CGUGGGCGCCCGGACACCUGCGCGCACAGCCUCAAGGGACCCCUCUCUUCUGGACAUUGGAGUUAUGACCCUUUGGAGGUGACCCAGGAGAAAAGGGAUGCAGGCCUUUCGUCUUCCAGAUGAGGGUCCCCUCCAAGGACUUGUGGCCUCCCGCAUUGAGACCUAUGGGGGCCGGCAUCGGGCCUCCACCCAGAGUGCUGCUGGCAGUCUCUAUCCCCGAGGAGGCCUCGUGCUGGAUCUCAGUCGCCGACGCCUCCAGGACUAUGUCCCCUUUGCCAAGGGUUCUGGCCAAGCCCGAGGCCUGUCUCCCAUGAGGCUGCGAGAACCAGAGCCCGAGAAGAGGCAUGGAGUCUAUUUUGGGUCUGGCCCACCUCACUCCCCCAAACUCAAGGAAGUCACCAAGGCCCACGAGCUGGAGGUGAGGCUGCAUACGUUCAGCAUGUUUGGGAUGCCCCGCCUGCCCCCUGAGGACCGGCGGCACUGGGAGAUAGGAGAGGGCCGCGACAGCAGCCUGACCGUGGAGAAGUCCUGGAAGGAGCUGGUGCCUGGGCACAAGGACAUGAGCCGGGAGCUCUGCCACCAGCAGGAAGCACUGUGGGAGCUACUGACCACCGAGCUGAUCUACGUGCGAAAGCUCAAGAUCAUGACGGAUCUCCUAGCUGCCGGUUUGCUGAACUUGCAGCGAGUGGGACUGCUGAAUGAGGUGUCAGCUGAGACCCUGUUUGGAAAUGUCCCCAGCCUGAUUCGAGCCCACCACAGCUUUUGGGAAGAGGUGCUGGGGCCUACCCUGGAGGAGACUCGAGCCUCGGGCCAGCCUCUGGACCCUGUCAGCCUGCAGAAUGGCUUUCUGAUGUUCAGCCAGCGGUUUCAGCCCUACGUCCAGUACUGCCUGCGAGUAAAGCAGACCAUGGCUUACGCCAGGGAGCAGCAAGACAACAACCCGCUCUUCCACACCUUCGUGCAGUGGUGUGAGAAGCACAAGCGCUCGGGGAGGCAGACGCUGGGUGACUUGCUCAUCAAGCCCCACCAGCGCAUCACCAAGUACCCACUGCUGCUCCAGGCCGUGCUAAAGAGGACCCCCCAGGCGCGAGCCCGAGAGGCCCUGCAUGCCAUGAUUGCAGCUGUGGAGUCAUUCCUGCGACACGUCAAUAAGCAGGUCCGCCAGGGCGAAGAGCAGGAGAGUUUGGUAGCCGCAGCCCAACGCAUUGGGCCCUACGAGGUGCUGGAGCCGUCCAGUGAGGAGGUGGAGAAGAACCUGCGUCCAUUCUCCACCCUGGACCUGACAUCGCCCAUGCUGGGAGUUGCUCCUGAGCACACCAGGCAGCUGUUGCUGGAGGGACCCGUCCGAGUAAAGGAGGGACGAGAAGGAAAGCUGGACGUGUACCUGUUCCUCUUCUCUGACGUGCUCCUGGUGACCAAGCACCAACGCAAGGCAGAUAAAGCCAAGGUUAUCCGCCCCCCACUCAUGCUGGAGAAGCUUGUGUGCCAACCACUCCGAGACCCUAGCAGCUUCCUGGUGAUCCAUCUCAGUGAGUUCCAGUGUGUCUACAGUGCCCUCAUAGUGCACUGUCCCAGUGCCACAGACCGUGCCCAGUGGCUGGAGAAGACCCAGCAGGCCCAGGUCACCCUGCAAAAGCUGAAGGCAGAGGAAUACGUCCAACAGAAGAGGGAGCUCCUGGCCCUCUAUCGGGACAGGGACCAGGAGUCCCCAGGCACCAGGCCCUCCACGCCUUCCCCAGAGGGCUCUCAGAGCAGUGCAGAGGGGAGGACUCCUGAGUUCUUGAGCAUCAUCCCCCACCUAGUGGUGACAGAAGACAUGGAUGAAGACGCUCCCUCGGGACCAGAUGAUACCUCUGACUCUGGCUAUGGCACUCUGAUCUCAGGCUCCCCCGAGGAGUCCCACUCCCCACUGAGCCGACUACGCUCGCGGGCCUUCCGGCGGGACCCUCGCCUCACCUUCUCCACCCUGGACCUCCGAGAUGUUCCUCUGCGCCCCCAGCCUCCUCACCCCCAAGCUCCCCAACGCCGAAGUGCCCCUGAUCUGCCGGAGGAAGAUACCCAAAGAGGAGGCAGUCUUCCCAGGGGAGACGCACCCACCUGUUCUGAGGCAGAAGAUGGGACCUUGGUAGGAGGGAAUGUGGUAGUGGAAACCUUGCAUAGGGCCCGACUUCGGGGGCAGCUCCCGCCCUCCCCAACCCACACUGACUCUGCCGGGGGAAGCCCCUGGGAGUCCUCAGCGGAUGAGGAAGAAGAGGGGCCCCUCUUCCUAGGACCUGGCUGCACCCACUCCCACCACCCUCUCCGUGCUGAGGACAUGCUCAGAGAGAUCCGGGAGGAACUGGCCAGCCAAAGGAUUGAGGGUGUCCCCGAGCCUGGGGACAGCAGGCCUCGGAAGCUGACUCGGGCCCAACUGCAGAGGAUGCGUGGAUCCCACAUCAUACAGCUGGACACGCCACUGUCCACAUCAGAGGUGUGAGGAACAUUCAGGACCUUUGGCAUUUCUCCUGGAGGAAAUCUCUCCCCAAAAGUGCUGGUCACCACCCCCACCCCUGGACUCUACCUCAAGGACUACACUUCCCACUAAGAAGCCUGGCCCAGGCACCCUGCUUUCCUGCUCUGAGGACUUUGGGGAUCAAGAGCUGUACAUUUAUGUACCAUAAAAACACCGGAGCCGACACAAAGUUGUGCAUAAAAA